AUGGACACUUCGUACCCUCGUGAAGACUACCUGCCCAUGACAUCCCACAAGCAGGAAUCUUCUCCAACCAUCAUCACAGUCAGGCCUCCCAUGGCCCCACGUGACUACAUGAUUUGGUCUGUCUUCAACACCAUCUACAUGAACCUCUGCUGCCUGGGCUUUGUAGCACUUGCCUAUUCUGUGAAGGCACGGGAUCAGAAGGUGUCUGGCGACUUGGAAGCUGCCCACCGCUAUGGCUCCAAAGCCAAAUGCUACAACAUCCUCGCCACAGUGUGGAAUGUGGUGGUGCCUUUAGUGCUCAUUGCUCUGCUGGUCACUGGUGUCCUCCACCUCUCCAAGCUGGCUCAGGAGUCCAUGGACUACUUGGCCUACAGACUCUUCCCUAGUGACGACGAUGACAAUAAAUGA